UUUCGGAUUGGCGCAAGUUCCCCGGGCGGUGGAAGCACUUUGUCUUCACUCGGCCACCGUCCGCGGGGCGGUGGGGAGUAUUUUGUCCUCCUGCCGCCGCCGUCCGGGUUAUUAGUCACCGAGUUCCAGGCCGCCGGAACGUGGGGCUUGCGGGAGCCGGCUGCCGUUGCCGGCACCAUGGAGUCACCUCUUAGCCCGGGCUUCUCUCACCGAGCCGAUGAGGAUUGGGAUUCUACACUGUUUGCUGAACUUGGCUAUUUCACAGACACUGAUGAUCUGCAAUUGGAUGCAGCAAAGGAAACUUAUGAACACAAUUUUGAUAAUCUUGAUUUUGACUUGGAUUUGAUGCCUUGGGAAACAGGCAUUUGGGACAUCAACAACCAGCUCUGUACAGUUAAAGAUGUUAAGGCAGAACCUCAGCCACUUUCUCCAGCCUCCUCAAGUUGUUCAGUCUCCUCUCCUCAGUCAAUGGACUCUUACUCUUCAACUCAGCAUGUUCCUGAGGAGUUGGAUUUGUCGUCUGCUUCCCAGAUGUCUCCCCUUUCCUUAUAUGGUGAAAGCUCUCAUAGUCCCUCCUCAGCAGAGGCACUGAAAGAAGAUAAACCCAUCAUUGGUCCUAGGAGCAAAACUGAAAAUGGACUGACUCCAAAGAAAAAAAUUCAGAUGAAUUCAAAACCUUCAAUUCAGCCCAAGCCAUUAUUACUUCCAGCAGCACCCAAGACUCAGACAAAUUCUGGCGUUCCAGCGAAAACCAUCAUUAUCCAGACACUACCCACACUUAUGCCAUUGGCAAAGCAGCAGCCAAUUAUCAGCAUACAUCCUGCACCCACUAAAGGCCCGACCGUCAUGCUUUCCCAGCCUGCCGUUGUACAACUUCAGGCUCCUGGAGCUCUGCCCCCUUCUGCCCCAGUCCUUGCUGUCGCAGGGGGAGCCACACAACUACCUAAUCACAUGGUGAAUGUGGUCCCGGCCCCUGUGGCAAACAGCCCGGUGAAUGGAAAACUUUCAGUGACUAAACCUGUCCUACAAAGUACCAUGAGAAGCGUGGGCUCGGAUAUUGCCGUGCUAAGGAGACAGCAACGUAUGAUAAAAAAUCGAGAGUCUGCCUGUCAGUCCCGCAAGAAGAAGAAAGAAUAUAUGCUUGGCUUAGAGGCCAGGUUAAAGGCUGCGCUUUCAGAGAAUGAGAAGCUGAAGAAAGAGAAUGGAUCACUGAAGCGACAGCUGGAUGAAGUCGUGUCAGAAAACCAGAGGCUUAAAGUUCCUAAUCCGAAGCGAAGAGCUAUCUGUGUGAUGGUAGUGUUGGCAUUUAUAGUACUCAACUAUGGACCCAUGAGCAUGUUGGAACAGGAUUCCAGGAGAAAGAAUCCUAGUGUGAACCCUGCAAAUCAAAGGAGGCAUCUUCUAGAAUUUUCUGCUAAAGAGGUAGAAGAUACAUCAGAUGGUAUCAUCCAGAAAAACAGCUACAGAUAUGACCAUUCUGUUUCAAAUGACAAGGCCCUCAUGGUGCUAAGUGAAGAACCAUUACUCUAUAUUCCUCCACCUCCUUGUCAGCCCCUGAUUAACACCACAGAAUCUCUCAGGUUAAAUCAUGAACUUCGAGGAUGGGUUCACAGGCAUGAAGUGGAAAGGACCAAGUCAAGAAGAAUGACGAAUAAUCAGCAGAAAACCCGUAUUCUUCAGGGUGCUCUGGAACAGGGUUCCAAUUCUCAGCUCAUGGCUGUCCAAUACACAGAAACCACUAGUAUCAGCAGGAACUCGGGGAGUGAGCUGCAAGUAUAUUACGCGUCACCCAGAAGUUAUCAAGACUUCUUUGAGGCCAUCCGCAGAAGGGGAGACACAUUCUAUGUUGUGUCAUUUCGAAGGGAUCACCUGCUGCUACCGGCCACGACCCACAACAAGACCUCAAGACCAAAGAUGUCAAUAGUAUUACCAGCAAUAAACAUAAAUGAGAACGUGAUCAAUGGGCAGGAUUACGAAGUGAUGAUGCAGAUUGACUGUCAGGUGAUGGACACCCGGAUCCUCCACAUCAAGAGCUCGUCAGUUCCCCCUUAUCUCCGAGAUCAGCAGAGGAAUCAAACCAACACCUUCUUCGGCUCCCCGCCAGCAGCCCCGGAGGCAGCCCACGUUGUCCGCACCAUCCCGGAGUCAUUACAAUAGACUCUGAGGCUGUGCCAGAAAACACGGUGGGACCCUGCCCCCGCUGCACUGGAGAGCUGGGGAGAGACCUGUUCCUGUCUGCCUUCUUGGUGGCAGGCCGAGAGCUGCCUCACAGUAGGGUUCCAGGGGUAGCAAGAAAAGUUGUUUUUCACGUCUGCCCUUCUACUGGGAAAGCACUGAUACUCAGACACAAGGGCAGUGGCCUUUCUCCGACGGCAGAUGUUGCCUGCAUCCUCCUUGCUGCCUGGCGUCGAAUUUUUUCUGUACCUUCCUAAAUUGCUUUUCCUCCUGUAUUUCUUUUGUUUAAAUAGUCCUCUUUAAAAUAAGAUCUUCUUCCCUUCUC